CUUUAAACUGUCGCUUUUGUCUCAACGCACCCACUUCUUUUUCGUGCCCGCGUGUCUUUUGUUGUUGCACGCAGUGUGUGACGGUAUAAACUCUGGUACAAAAUGCAUUUCGCGCCGCAGUCUUUCUUUGGGUGUCGACGACGUGCGGAACGCACCGCCGUGACUGCCAUAUGUGACGUCAUUACGUCUCGUGCGUGUCUGCGUCCGCCGUGGUGGGGGGUGUCGUGGACGAGACCACCGGUUGGCAAUGUUUAUUAGUGGAAUAUGUGACGCAUGCGACGUCAUGUUAUUUGCUUGUCACGACAGUAACUGAAGUUGUCCGCUUGCAGCACGUUUACUUUCAUAUUUUGUUGUGCUGCUUCAUGAAAGGCAAUACAAGUGCUGCAUCAGAAAGCUGGCCAAUCCCCCAGCUGGAGCCGAGUCACAUCCGGCUGAUCGUGUACCAGGACUGUGAGAGGCGGGGGCGCAACGUUCUCUUCGACUCCAACGCCAAGAAGAGGGGCACGGACGAUGCCCAUCUCGCCGGCACAGAGACUCAGGUGAAGAUGUUUGGCAAAUGCUGCCGGCUUCGACCGACGGGGGGCAGCAGCAGCUCCCUGGACAGCUCCUCCUCGUCCUCCUGCGCCUCCGAGACCACCAGAGAAACCAAAGAGCAGGGCCUCCGCUUUCAGGCUUCUAGGUGUUCGUCUGACGUGGUCAUGCUCGGGGAGAUGAUGUUUGGAUCGGUGGCCAUGAGCUACAAAGGCUCUAUGCUGAAAAUACACCAGAUCAGGUCGCCGCCUCAGCUGAUGCUGAGUAAAGUGUUCACAGCCAGGACGGGCGGCAGCGUGUACGGUAGCCUCAACACGUUACAGGACAGUCUUGAGUUCAUCACUCAGGAGAGCUGCAACACCCUGCGGCCCGAUCAAAACACCGUGACAAAUAAUCUCCUGGGGAAUAUAGGAUUUUCUCAGCUCUGCAGCCCUCGACGGGCCUUCUCUGAGCAGGGCCCGCUACGUCUCAUCAAAAGCGCAUCUUUCUUUUCAGGCCACAGCCACCCCAUGGACAUGCCGGGCCGAGGGCUGUAUGACGAGCGGGACAGCGGCAUCGCCCGCUCAGCGUCCCUGAGCAGCCUCCUGAUCACACCCUUCCCAUCGCCGGGUUCUUCGCUGACCAGCAGCUGCGCAUCCAGCUACCAGCGGCGGUGGCGGCGCAGCCAGACCACCAGCCUGGAGAACGGUGUCUUCCCACGCUGGUCAGUGGAGGAGAGCUUCAACAUGUCAGACGAGAGUGGCGGUCAGAGCCUGGGCGUGGCGCGCAAAAAGAAGAUCGCCAUCGGCGUCAUCUUCACGCUGUCGCCCAGCCCCGAGGAGAACAGCCGCUUCCAGGACUUCUUCUUCUCGCACUUUCCGCUCUUCGAGAGCCACAUGAACAAGCUCAAGAGCGCCAUCGAACAGGCCAUGAAGAUGAGCCGGCGGUCAGCUGAUGCCAGCCAGAGGGCCUUGGCCUACAGCCGCAUGGUGGAGGGGCUCAACGAGUUCAGGAUGACCAUAUGCGACCUGUACAGCAUGCCCCGCGUGGCGGAGCCCGUGUGGCUGACCAUGAUGUCGGGCGCGUCGGAGAAGAACCACCUGUGCAGCCUCUUCAUGCGAGAGUUCUCGCUGCUGAUGGAGCAGGCCUCCAAGAACCAGUUCCUCCCGGCUCUGCUGACGGCUGUCCUGACCAACCACCUGGCCUGGGUGCCCACGGUCAUGCCCAACGGCCAGCCGCCAAUCAAGAUCUUCCUGGAGAAGCAUUCGUCACCCAGCGUGGACAUGCUGGCCAAGACGCACCCGUACAACCCGCUGUGGGCGCAGCUCGGCGACCUGUACGGCGCCAUCGGCUCUCCGGUGCGCCUGGCCCGCACGGUGGCGGUGGGCCGUCGUCAAGAGCUGGUGCAGCGCCUCCUGUACGUGCUGACCUAUUUCAUCCGCUGCUCGGAGCUGCUGGAGACGCACAUGCUGGACAGCGCCGAGGACGAGGCCAUCGUCAUGCCCGGCUCGCUCAUCACCACCUCGCUGCGCAAGGGUGAAGUGGAAGAGUCGGACUACGUGCUCGUGACCGUGCACAAGCCCGGCGGCGACUACUUGGCGGAGAAGGAGGGCGAAGACGGGGACCGGUGCCAAGCGACCGGGACUCUCCAGGACGAAGUUUGUCGGACUUCGGAGGAACCCGAGGGGCCUCACAAAGAGUCCGUCGGGCCGCUGAGCGCCGAGGCCCGGGUGGAGACGGUGCUCCCCGUGGGCUCGUGCUCGCCGAGAAAACGCGGACCGGACGAGGGCCUGGGCGGGGACCCUGUCGGAGACCCUAUCGGGGACCCCCAGCUUGGCUUCCCCCUGGAGAAAAAGCCUCCGGACAAGAACGUCCCCCCGGGAACCGGCACGUCGGGCCCGAUGUCUCUCAUCCUUCCGGAGGAGGCGGGCGGCAAAGUCACCUUCCUCAUCGGGGACUCCAUGUCGCCCGAGUCGGACACCGAGAGCCGGCGGAGGAAGGUGGAGAAGGAGAUGAUGAAGCACAGGAAGCUCCACCAUCUCCCGACGCCGACGCCGGAGGAGUCUCCGUCUUUGCAGCGGGUGUCCAGCAAACUUCCCCAGUGGAACGCCAAUGCUCCGGAUUAUAGCCACUUCGACGAGUACUUCUGCCCAGAGAACCCGGUGGAAACGAGGACAAUAGACGACGUGGCCAAGCGGGAGGAGGCCGCUGGCGCCACGGCCUGUCUUCUCAAAGACCUUCUGGAUCCAUCGGGGCCAGGGCGUGACGUCCAGAGCGCUGUCGACCAAGCGAGCGACUUGUCGGACCCCCACGGGAGGUGCAGGUGCGCCUCCACGGACUCGUGCGACAAGGGACUCGUCCUGCCCGUACCCGUCAUCCACCGCUGCCCGGGCAAUGGCGGAGUCGGCGGUGAGGACCAAAAGUGCAAGGUGGCGCUGCUCAACGACUGGGAGAUUCCGCGCAAUGAAAGCUCGGACAGCGCGCUGGGCGACAGCGAGAGCGAGGAGACGGAGGACUGGCAGGAGGAGGUGAUGGUGCCUUUCCCCGGCUCCAAGCUUGUGGAGAACUACUCCAAGCCGACUAUCGCCAACUUCGGCCGCUCCCUGUUCGGCGGCUACUGCCCCACCUACGUGCCGGACUUCGUACUGCACGGGAUGCCCAGCGACGACAAGCUACGGCAGAGCCUCAUGGCCGAACUCACGCACGCCGUCCAGCAUCCGGUACUGGACGAGCCCAUCGCCGAGGCCGUGUGCAUCGUGGCCGACACGGACAAGUGGACGGUGCAGGUGGCCAGCAGCCAAAGGAGAGCCACCGAGGUGGGCAAGCUGGGCAAGGAGGUGCUGGUGUCAAACCUGGUGUCGGGACUGCUGCACUCCACGCAGCAGCUCUACAAGCUCAACAUGUCACCCAACUUUUGCAUCAUGCAUCUGGAGGACCGCCUGCAGGAGAUCUACUUCAAGAGCAAGAUGCUGGCCGAGUACCUGAAGGGCCAGAAGAGAGUCCACGUCAAAGAACUGGGCAUGGUUUUAGGAAUCGAAUCAAGCGACCUUCCACUUCUGGCCGCCGUGGCCAGCACUCACUCGCCCUACGUGGCCCAGAUCCUGCUGUGAGGGCGACGGAACGCGUCUGGGCUUCCAUUUUUUUCUCCCCCCUUUUUUUUUUUUUUUUUUUUUUUUUUUAUGGACCUCACACACUGAUGCUGCUGACAGAUGCAGUGCCCGAUCGUACCACAGGAGGGUACUAUUGGGCAAUAAAAGAAGAGCGUCUUCUUCGAAUGUUUGUUUUUCUUUUUCUUUUUUCUUUCUUUUCUUGGACACCAAGCCAAAGACUUGACUGCCAAAGGAGUGUUAGGAUCACGCUGAAAAGAAACUGAAUUCUACACCACGAGAGGGAAGUCAGAAUCUUAUGAGAAGUAAAGACAAUUUUUUUGAAAAUAAAAAUUUAUUUUGGUGAAGAAAAAAAAAAUUUUCAAUCCUCCUGAAUAUGUACAAAUAUUCUUUUCAUAUUCAUUUUUCUCAAAAUCAUAGGAAUCCCCCCCCAAAAUCCACUUUUUUUCUUGAAAAGAUACUUCUAUUUAUUGGAUAUGCAAUUUCAAAUCUUUUUCAUGAAAAUGUGCAACUUUUUAACCAUAAUAUACAAAUGUAUACAAUUGUAUUUCUUUAAAAAAAAAAGAUGUGUUCUGAAAAGAUCCUGUUUUUUUUCCCCAAAUGCUAAACUUUUUACCCCCACGAAAUACACAAGCUUUUUUUUUUUUUUUUUUUUUUUACAAAAAAUUUUAAUAUAUUUACAUAACAUGGAGCUUUACUCAUUUGUUUUGUCAAAGAUUAGUGACUCUCCCACACAAUAAAUACAAAUCUUUUUUUUUUCUCAAAUAUACUGUACAACUCAAAAUUUUGUGACUUUUUUUUAAUAUAUCUACUAUUUUUCUGAAUUUUUUUCCUUAUGACCACUUUUUUUUUCCCCUCAUGACAACGUGACUUUGUAUUUUUAUUAUAAGUUCUCAAAUCAGCGACUUUAUUCUUGAAUCAUUUUUGACUUAAUUCCUGGAAGAUUUAAACUUUAAUCUGGUAAUGUCUUUUUUUUUUUUCUUUAAUUUUUAUAGAUGACGUGGCCCUAACACUCCUUGGUACUCGAUAAACUUUAAAUGCCGAGAAAUACGCUUUGAGGAAUCGAUGUUGUUCUUUUUUAUUUUUUUUUUUGUGUACAAUCUGCAACAAGCCAGUCUGUGGAAAGUCUUUUGAAAAAAGGAUGCCAAUUAUUUCUUUUUUCAAAGCCAAACUUUGACAUUUUCACCCUUCUGUUUCGACACAAAUUUACCACAACGAACGUGUUCAGGAAAUUUCCAAAGACUACCUCAGAUCCUCUUCACAAGAAAACGCUGAGGUCAUUUAUUAAAAAGUGAAUUCUAACUCUAAAAAAAACAAAACUUUGAACUAAUUUUUUUUCUUUCUUCCUCCUGUCUUUGAAUCAUCGAUGUGUCCAUUUUACAUCCAAAACAAAAAAUGCUGAAUAUUUUCACACUUUUUUUUUCUACCAUGUUUACGAUGCGGAGUAACUGCGACACGAUGUAGGAAAAUCAACAAAGGAUUUCUUCUUCUUUUGUUUUUUGUUUUUUUAACAGUGCUUUCAUUGUUUUUGUCUUAAUGGGAAAUGUUGACAUAGACGCAGGCUUCCAAACACCCGCUAACGUCGACUUAUCGCUUCCGUGAUAAAGCUGCCCUUUGUUUAUGACUUAAGUUAUUUUUUUGUGGACUGUACAAUUCAUUUCCAUAUAUUUAUACCUUGUAAACAAUUUUCUCCUAAGAAAUAAAUCUUUUUUUCCCAAUUUUAUGGGAAUGUGCAAUAAAGAUGCAGACAU